GAAGCUUCUACUGUAGUUCAAAUAUGACGGAGUACCGAUAUUUCAAUGUAUUUUAAUUUUUUGUUUGUGUGAAUAUACUUAUAACUUAAAUUGCAAAGGUUAAUGCUGUUAUACAAGAAAGGCUGAAGAUUAUAUUUAAAUGGAAAGGAAAAGGAAGAUCAACAUGGUAUCUACUGAAGGAAUAUCGAAAGAUGCUUUAAAACAGUUGCUGGUUAAUAUUUCGGAAUGGUAUGACAACCACGGAUACACCAGUAUGCUGAAAGUUUUGUACAGAGAUCAUUUGAAAAAUACCUCGCAUUUAACAAAGGCCUCUGGGACGAUGGACUUGAUGGACUUGUUGAUUGCUUCUGGAAAUCUGCAUUCAAAAGAUCUGUCUCUCCUCUAUGAUACCAUAAACGUAACAGACACAUUGGGUUUGGAAUUAGAAAUUAAACAUCUUAUACCAUCAUGUCCAAAUGUUAAAGAUGUAGCAAUCUCAAAAAUCACACCUCACAGGCAAAAAGUUAUGAAACUUGGAAUGGCACUGAUUGAUGGUGAUAUAGUAAAGAUAAGUAGACUAUAUAACAAAACUGCAAAGAAUUAUACAGAUGUGUGGACUCUGAUUAUGGAUCUAGAACACCGAAGCAUAAUUUGUGAAGGAAAAAUGGAGGAAUUUAUUGAAAAUUUAAGAAAAAAUGGGCUCGUUCUAGCGGUAAAAGCUUUAACAUCAGAAGGUAUUAAUUUUAUUACUGUAGAUAAUAUUAGUGUCAGGAUAGGACAGAAUAGUGAUUAAUUCAUCAAAUUAAUAUAAGGUGAACUACUCUUUGUUUUUUGUGGUAGUUAGGCCAAGACCAAAAGCAUUUGGUAUUUUCGU